AUGGCCGCCAUUGCCCCAGAUCAAGAGCGUGAGGUGCAGAAGAGUUACUGGAUCGAACACUCUGUUGAACUGACUCUGGAGUCUAUGAUGCUUGAUUCCAAAGCAUCUGAUCUCGACAAGGAAGAGAGGCCUGAGGUUUUGUCCCUACUCCCACCAUACGAAGGCAAGUCGGUUCUGGAACUGGGAGCUGGUAUUGGCCGAUUCACCGGUGAGCUAGCCAAAAAGGCUAAAGAAGUUGUAGCGUUGGACUUCAUUGAAAGCGUGAUCAAGAAGAACGAAGCCCUCAACGCACAUCAUAAAAAUAUCAAGUUUAUGUGUGCUGAUGUGACAUCUCCAGACCUGAACUUUUCAGAAGGAUCUCUGGAUGUCAUAUUUUCGAACUGGCUGUUGAUGUAUCUCUCUGACAAAGAGGUUGAGAAUCUUGCAGAGAGAAUGGCCAAAUGGUUAAAAGUUGGUGGCUAUAUAUAUUUCAGAGAAUCAUGUUUCCAUCAGUCGGGUGAUCACAAGAGAAAGAAUAAUCCCACUCACUAUCGUGAACCAAGAUUUUAUACCAAGGUGUUUAAAGAAUGUCACCAGAUUGACAAGUCUGGAAGUUCAUUUGAACUUGAUCUCAUUGGUUGCAAGUGUAUUGGAGCUUAUGUGAAGAACAAAAAAAAUCAAAAUCAGAUCUGCUGGAUUUGGCAAAAGGUUAGUUCAGAUGAUGACAGGGGAUUCCAGAGAUUUUUGGACACUGUCCAAUAUAAAUGUAGUGGCAUAUUGAGAUAUGAGCGUGUUUUUGGAGAGGGAUUUGUGAGCACGGGUGGAAUAGAUACAACCCGAGAAUUUGUAGCUAAACUGGAUCUGAAGCCUGGCCAGAAAGUGCUGGAUGUGGGAUGUGGCAUUGGAGGAGGUGACUUUUACAUGGCAGACAAGUACGAUGUUCAUGUGGUUGCCAUUGACCUCUCAAUCAACAUGAUAUCUUUUGCCCUUGAGCGUGCAAUUGGUCUCAAGUGUGCUGUUGAGUUCGAGGUUGCCGAUUGUACCAAGAAAGAAUACCCUGAUGGCACAUUUGACGUGAUCUAUAGCCGUGACACGAUUCUUCACAUUCAAGACAAACCUGCACUGUUCAGAUCUUUCUACAAGUGGCUGAAGCCUGGAGGCAAGGUCCUCAUUAGUGAUUACUGCAGAAAUGCUGGGUCUCCAUCUGCUGAAUUUUCGGAAUAUAUUAAGCAAAGGGGAUAUGAUUUACACGACGUACAGGCUUAUGGCCAGAUGCUUCGUGAUGCUGGCUUUGAUGAGGUCAUCGCUGAGGACCGAACUGAUCAAUUCAUAAAAGUUCUUGAGAAAGAGUUGGAUGCAGUGGAGAAGGAUAAGGAAAUCUUUAUAAGGGACUUCUCGGAGGAAGACUACAAUGAAAUAGUCGGAGGUUGGAAAGCUAAGCUCAUAAGGAGUUCAUCUGGCGAGCAGCGAUGGGGUAAAAACGGAAUGGUCGACACCAAAAAUCGGAUGGCCGAGAAGUAUGCUGGAUCGAUUGGUGUUGGGGUUGGUGGGCUACAUCGGAAGCGACAGCCUCUGGCUUUGGUUGGGAGGGAUUGUGGCCUCUGA